AUGUCCUCGCCAUCUCCUAUCAGCGCUGCCCCGCAUAUACUGCAACUCCUUUCAGAACUCCACCAAAUUUCAUUAGAUCAAGAAGCUGGUAUUUCGAAAAAAGGAAAAGUAUUUUCAUCGGAUGUUCUGGGCGACCUCCAAGAUAAGGGGAUGAAUAGCAAUCCAAAGGAUGACUUUGACCGCCUCAUGCUUGAUAAAUUCAUCGCUUUGGAUGAGGAUAAAUGCCAGUUCACCUAUCAACUGAUCAAUGCCAUGGGUGCGACGAAUAUUGUCGAGGCAGGUACUAGUUUCGGCGUCAGCACAAUCUAUCUAGCUCUCGCUGUCGGCAAAACCAAAGCCGCCACCGGUAAAUCUGGAGUUGUGAUCGCAACCGAGAAGGAAACAGAAAAGGCGGCAAUUGCUCGAAAGUACUGGGCACAAUGCGGUCCGGAAGUUGAGAAAGAGAUUGAUUUGAGAGAGGGCGAUUUACUUGAAACUCUCAAAUCCGAUUUACCCGAUAUCGAUCUUCUUCUUCUCGACAUCUGGUCCGCAUUAUCGCUUCCUACGCUGAAGACUGUUUUGCCCCGUCUUCGACCGGGGGCAGUCAUUCUUACGGAUAACACUAUAUCGGGAGCCAAGGGGUAUGCAGACUUACUUGCUUACUUGCGAGCACCAGGAAAUGGGUUCCAAAACAUGACCCUCCCAUUUACCAAUGGCUUUGAAAUGAGCGUUUAUCGGCCACAGUGA